CGAGCAUCGAUCGCACGCCAAAUUGUUCGAUGCCGGGACGAGAACCGGGGACUGCGGAAAUCGCAGGAUUGGCUGAACAGACAUGACCCCACACUCUCUGCGACAAGGGCUGCAACAACCCCACCACGCACCUACGUCAUAGGCUUGGCUUCCCCUCCUCGCUGCUGUCUGUUCACCCAACUGUUGCUUUCGAUGCCUCGAUCACUUUGGGAUGGCGCGCUGCCGGAUUGGCGAAACCGUUGAGGCCCAUGGGCAUACCAAUCGGCAGUGUUGGUACAGCACACCCUACAAAUCUUCACUUUUCGUGCAGAGCAGCUCGAAGAUGGGUAUUGCAAGGCAUUUGCGCCCAAGGAGCAGUUACUACAAGUGAGGGGCUGAUGGAGCUCAGCUCUUUGUAGGGCAGGCAAGGAUCACGCUGCCAGGUUCAUUGCGGCGCCUGUGGAACAGAUAGACACCUUCCAUGCAAAUCCCAGUCAGGUCGAACGCUGAAGAGAUGGGUAAGGUAGUUAGUUGAUUACACUGCAAAACAUACACUGCUUAGCAGCCAAUGCGCCCUAGUGGCCCUACUACUCAGGGACCUCUGGAAGUGAUGUGAUGAAUAGCUGGCACUCCAAUCUUGAUGGGUUAGACCGGAAAGUGGGCGUGCCAAAGCAUGGAAUUUGAGAAGAUUCAGAUCCAUACCCUGUUCUCCCCGUCGCAAGGCCCCGCGUGUCACAUCCCGGCCCCAUCCAUCCACGUCCCUCCGCUGCCAUCCCACCUUGCAACCACACCAAGGGUGCCAGCCUGUCUUGUCCUGAAUACAUGACCAUCUACCCCUCCCCCCUCCCCCUUGACACCAGAAUAAUAACUAUCGACCAUCCUGGACCUAUUCUCUCUCUCUCUCUCCUCUCUCCUUUGCACACGAACUUCCGCCUGCACGAUCGAUCCCAACAUUUUGAUUUGACUGUGUCGUCGUCGUCUGUCAGGGCGAUUAUUGCCUCCUCCCCCUCGUGCAAAAAGACAUUUCGCUAUUCAGGGCUCGAGACCCCAAAUCCGUACGAACAGUCGGAAACUGUCGAGCAUCAGGUUGCCAAGCAGGACAUUCGUCAGUAAUAGUGGUUUUUUGAGCAGCGCAUUUCAUUCGCUCCAUCGACAGAAUUUCCGGUUUAUUGCCCCCAUCCUGAACCAAAACGAUCGCAGCGUGCCACACCCAGACCACGCGAAUACAAGACUACCAGUUGCCGCGUAACAGCAGAAGCGACCCGGCCUGUCUCGAUCAAGAGCUCCGUCAGCUCUCUUUUCUGUUGAGAGUUUCAUCAUUUUUGCUGGAGACUGCAGAUACCCAAUCCCCGCACCCGACGAAACCGUCAACAGCACAGUGUUCUGCUCGCCCCCCGCCUCACCUACCUAGCGAGCAACCCCGCUGUUCUCUCUUCCUUGGACGACUUUGACCGCACUCGCAUUCUUGUCCACAACCGCUUUUGCCCGUCCAAGUAGACGCCGAUCGCUUCCCGAACAUUCUUCGCUUGCCGGUCGUCUAGAAUCUCGCGCAGCGCCCACGAUUGUCCACCGGCAUCUAUCUUCCCCGCCACAUUUCCUGCAUUGUUGCCGCCACCGCACGCUCGACUCGACUCGACAAACUCGACAACGCAAUACAACCCGCCCACCAUGGCUGAAUUCGUUCGUGCUCAGAUUUUUGGGACCACCUUCGAGAUUACCUCGAGGUACUCGGAUCUCCAACCUGUUGGAAUGGGUGCUUUUGGACUUGUUUGCUCCGCCAAAGACCAGCUCACCAGCGCCAAUGUCGCCAUCAAGAAGAUCAUGAAGCCCUUCAGCACUCCCGUACUUGCCAAGAGAACAUACCGAGAGCUCAAGCUGCUGAAGCACUUGAAGCACGAAAAUGUUAUCUCCCUCAGUGACAUCUUCAUCUCUCCACUGGAAGAUAUCUACUUCGUCACCGAAUUGCUCGGCACCGAUCUCCAUCGCCUCCUCACCUCUAGACCUCUUGAAAAGCAGUUCAUCCAGUACUUUUUGUACCAGAUCAUGCGCGGACUGAAAUACGUGCACUCGGCCGGCGUUGUCCAUCGCGAUUUGAAGCCAAGCAACAUUCUGGUCAACGAAAACUGCGAUUUGAAGAUUUGCGACUUCGGUCUGGCUCGCAUUCAAGACCCCCAGAUGACGGGUUACGUUUCGACGAGAUAUUACCGCGCACCCGAAAUUAUGCUCACGUGGCAAAAGUAUGAUGUUGAGGUGGAUAUUUGGAGUGCCGGUUGCAUCUUCGCUGAGAUGCUUGAGGGCAAGCCCCUUUUCCCUGGAAAGGAUCAUGUCAACCAGUUCUCCAUCAUUACUGAACUCUUGGGCACGCCCCCCGAUGAUGUUAUCAACACCAUCGCCAGCGAGAACACCCUGAGAUUUGUCAAGUCCCUUCCCAAGCGCGAACGACAACCGCUGAAGAACAAAUUCAAGAACGCCGAUCCUGCUGCCAUCGAUCUUUUGGAGCACAUGCUCGUGUUCGAUCCCAAGAAGCGGAUAACGGCCACCGAGGCGUUGUCGCACGAAUACCUGGCACCAUAUCACGAUCCUACCGAUGAGCCAGUUGCCGAGGAGAAGUUCGACUGGAGCUUCAACGACGCUGAUUUGCCAGUUGACACAUGGAAGAUAAUGAUGUACUCGGAAAUUCUGGACUAUCACAACGUCGAGGCCGGCAGUGUUUCCAUGGAGGGUCAAUUCGCGGGUCAAUGAGCUCGGAAUCGGGAUCCGGCAGGGUGGGUAAUACACAGAAGGAGCAUCCAGGUACCCGAUAUGGGUGGUCCUGUGUGAUGGUUGCUACCAACUCGACAGCCAUGUCUCGUGGGUUAUUUUCAGUGCCCUUUUCUUUUCUCGGCGUUUUCAUUGAGGAGUCUGUCUCGAGUUGUGACCUGCAUGUCUGAAGCAACAAAAUGGGCGAGUUUUAAUGGGCAUGGCAUAGCGGCUGCUGGAGAAUUCACUUUCGAAAGAAGGUUCAACAGGAAGAACCCGGGAGACCAGUACACGAAAGGAGGGAUGGUUCAUAUCUUUAUCUCAUUGUUCUUGCUGGAUAUGGUAUAAGGCGCGUGUCUAGAUGGAUGGAGGUUGUGGGGUUCACAUGAGAGGAGCCGAACUUAGCAGAUUUUAACGAUGAUGAUCAUGAUUUCGACUUUGUUGCAACAGCGCAAGUCUGUAAGCCAUGCCACAGCAGGGAUCGUGGGCAAAGAGGCAAUCUUGAUCAGUCAGUCAGGUAACCUGAUUCUACGGGGAAAUGAAGAUAUAGUUCCAUUCAAGUUACGUGUGUGUGUGU